AUGGAAGAACAACCUGUGAUCAAGUGGUCAGCAACUUUGAAUGUUGCCUCGCCAGUUACAUACUCUUCUAAAGAUUUGAAUGGCGACAAGAUUAUCCUCCCUCAAUCUGCUCUCGAGCAGCUACUUGCCGCUUCAACUUCGUCUUCCGUCUCAACCUCGGCCUCGGCUACGAAUCCCCUUCGGAACUCAUAUACUUCGACAUCCUCUCGAGCCCCAUAUGCCUUCGGUGGUGACCCGUAUCAACAACUACCUAGCCCUCUCAUGUUCCGACUCGUUAAUCCUUCGAAUAACAACGCAGUUUAUGCCGGCAUACGAGAGUUUUCUGCGCAGGAGGGUGAGGUACUGUUAAGUCCGUAUCUAUUAGAGGCUCUAGGGAUCGAAUUGGGCAAGGGGAUACCCGAAGAUGUCCCUAAUGCUUCUGAUGAUGAGGCCGCGGUACCCCAAAUAACUAUUCAUGCCAAACCUCUACCGAAAGGCACCUACGUUCGUCUACGACCGCUGGAGGCUGGCUACAACCCUGACGACUGGAAGGCGCUUCUAGAGAGACAGUUACGCGAAAGUUUUACAACCCUCACGAACGGCGCUAUCUUAUCAGUCUCAGGGGGUAAAAGUGAAGUAUUCCGGCUGCUGAUCGAUGGGUUUCGGCCUGAGGGGGAUGGUAUAUGUGUAGUGAAUACGGACCUUGAAGUCGAUAUCGAGGCCCUAGACGAGGAGCAGGCGAGAGAAACUAUGAGACGGAUCAUGGCUAAACAGCAAAGGGCACCUGGAACCUCGGGUGGUAGUUCGGUCGGCCAAGAGCUCAAUAUCUGGAAAUCAGUUAGCGGCCAAGUCCUCCCUGGGGACUAUGUAGACUACGAGCUACCCUCAUGGGCUCGAUCGAGGAUUCUCGAAAUUGAGAUUAGCGAGCUGCAAGACGAGUACGGCGUAGACCUGUUUGUAAGCCCUAAAUCUACGCGACAGAGGGCGCUACCUCGCCAAUCAGAGCAUGUCUUCGGUGUCUUCAACUAUACAGAAGAUGGUAGUAAGCGCAUAUGUAUUGAGCCUACUAAUGUCGAACUCGAGAACGCCGAAAGUGUGCUUAUCUCAGUUCACGGAUAUUUGCCUGAGUCGACAUCUACCGAGCCAACUGAUCUCUCCCCUCGGCCAUUUAAGUUGAGGAUUAAGAACGCGAUGACGGUAGAAAGGGCCGCAACACCCGGUUCGAUGGACGUGGAAAUACAAGAGAGAUCUCCAGAUGAAGAACAAUGCAAGAAUUGCCUUCAGUGGGUUCCUAAACGCACCAUGAUUCUACACGAGAACUUUUGCCUUCGUAACAACAUUUCGUGUCCCCAGUGUCAUAAUGUCUUCCAGAAGGCGUCAGACGAAUGGAAUAACCACUGGCAUUGCCCCCACGAUGAAUCAUAUGGCUCCUCGGACAUCACGAAAGCGAAGCAUGAUGGCAUUUACCAUACCGAGCGACAAUGUCCAUCCUGUCCGUUCUCAACCAAUUCUAUUCCCGACCUUGCGCGUCAUCGCACCACCCUCUGUCCCGGCAAGAUUAUUUUAUGCGAAUUCUGCCAUCUUGAGGUUUGCCAAGAAGGCGACCCGUUCAAUCCAUCCGCGGAGAUGCUUCACACGGGACUCACGGAGCAUGAGCUUGUUGACGGCGCAAGGACUACGGAUUGCCAUCUAUGCUCGAAGAUAAUCCGGCUACGCGAUAUGUCGACUCAUUUAAAGUAUCACGAGUUAGAGAAGGCGCACCGACUGAAGCCUCCUAUUUGUCGGAAUGCUAAUUGCGGACGGACCCAACAUGGUGUCGGCAAGAAUGGUGCUGUCAACGCUGGCACCAAAAUGGGUCAAGGUCCCGGGAAUGACAUCGGAUUAUGUUCAUUGUGCUUUUCGCCACUCUAUGUGAGCUUGUACGAUCCCGAGGGCAAGGCUCUGAAGCGACGCAUCGAACGUCGGUACUUGACGCAGAUGAUGCAGGGCUGCGGGAAAAGGUGGUGUGCCAACGAGUGGUGUAAGACAGGCCGUGCAAACUUGAAGCUAGAGCCUAAGCCGUCUACCGCGCAACUUGCGCUGCCCCAGAUUAAACCUCUUGUAGAGUCAGUUCGUGACGUACAGACACCUAUGUACUUUUGUGUUGACGAAGCAAACCAACGUAGGAGAAAGCUAGCUGAGAUGUUGGCAGCGGAGGAUGAUUGGGAUCUGGAAUGGUGCAUUGCAGCUUGUGAAGCUGAGGGUGCUAAUUUGGAUAUGGCAAGGGGCUGGCUUAUCAACUGGGCACCGUCGAAAGAAUGA